AUGGAAAAAUUGGUUGAAUUAGAAAAUUUUACUAUGAGUUCUGGAAAUGCAAUACCUUGCAAGAAAAUCCCAAAUUAUUUUAAAGAGAAACCCAAUUGAGCUGAUUUUGUCUUAUUAUAUUCUAAUGAUCGAUAUGAAAAUGAUUGCAACUUACUAAGCCAUGAUAAAGUGAUCUCUUGAAAACGUCUAUGCUUAAACCUAGAUGCAAAUUUACUUGCUGAGAUUUUGAAAGUAAAUAAAAUCCCUAGGAGAAGAGAAGUAAAUAAGGAAAAUUAUUUUAUUGACUCUAUUGCAAGAAAUGUAAAGUUAAAUAAGAACGAAAAAAUUUUACUAACUCCCCCCCCCCCCCCUCCUCCGUGAGCGAACAAAAAAAUUUUGUUCGCUCACGGAGGGGGGUUAAUUUUUUUUUUUAAAAAAAAUUUAUAUAUAAAUUUUAUAAAAAAUAUUUUUUUUCGAAAUUUAAAAAAAAUCCUAAUUUGCAAAAAUUGGGAAGCAAAUAUUAAUUUAAUUUUGCAAAAUUUAUGUUUUAAAACGCAAUUUGUUUAAAAUUAAACAGAAUUAGCUCUAGAUUUCAUUAUACUAAUUAUCACUUAUAUAUCCAAAUUUUUUUUCCAUUAAAAUUUUUUCUAUUAAAAAAAUUUUUGUUCACUCACGGAGGGUGGGUUUUUUGGUCAAAAAAUGGCGAUUUUUCUAAUGGUUUUGUUCGCUCACGGAGGGGGGGGGGGGGGAGUAAAUGACAAUAGAGACAAUGCAUAUCUAUUAAUCCUAAAAGCCAAAUUGCUUGCCAAAUUGAAAGUUUUAGAAAGAAAAUCUUUUGUAAAUUUUUCUUAUGAAACAAUUAACAAAAUGAUUGCAAAGAAAAUAAUUGAUGAUAUCUCCUUAAAUUAUUAUACAAUAAAAAAGAUCAGCAUGAGUUAUUUUAACAGAAUCAAUAUUGCCGAGAGAAUUGAAUUAAAUAAGUAUAUUUCUGAAUUAUUAAACGAUAAUAUAAAAGAAACUUUGUAUCAAAUUAUUUUAUUUUCAAGAACCUCUGAAGAAAUAGCUACAGCAGCAAGCAACGCGAUUACAAUUUUGAACAGAAAUAAAUUUUCUUUUAAAAAUAAAAACUUAUUCUAUUUUUAAUAAAUAUAAUUAAUAUUCACUAAUUUUUUUUAGAUGCCUAUUUUUGAAUUAAACGAAUAGAAAAAAUAAAAAUCAAAGGAGCUGAUUUAUCUUUUGGCCUAUUUGAAAAUGUGAAAUUUGAUUCCAGUGAUCUCAGAGAUGUAAAUUUUACAAAUUCCAAUAUUUUAAGAGUAAGUUUCAAAAAUUGUAAUAUGAAAAACGUCGAGUUUGGCCAAGCUAUCUGCGUGAAUUGCAAUAAAACCAUAAAGCAUUUAGAAAUUUUUCCAUCUGGAAGAUAUUUAUUAGCUUUGUAUAAUAGCAGCUCUUUUAUUAAUAUAUGAGAUACUGCAAAUUGGAGUUUGGCAAUGAGAUUUGAAGGAAAUAAAAAUGAAUUUAUCAAAUCCUUUAUUAGCUCUGAUGAACAACUAUUGAUUUCUACUGAUAUAGAGCACAACAUUUUUAUCUGAAAUUUAGAUUCAAAAGAAAAUAUCUCAAUAAUAAAUAGAGGCUCAUUUACUGAUAUUGCUUUUUCUCCCUGUGGACUAUAUAUAGCAACUAUGAAAACAAUAUAUGAAGUUGAUAUUUUUAAUUGAAAUGAAAAAAUCGAAGAAACUAUUCGAUAUAAUGACUCAAUAGCUGAUAUUAAAUUCUCUCCCUGAGGAACAUAUUUUUUGACUCUGACAUAUUAUUUCAGCAACGUUAUUGAUCUCUACACUAUAAAAAAGAAAUGUCACAAAACAAUUAAGGUUAUAUCUCGCCCCAAGUUUCUCGCAUUCUCUCCUUGUGAAAAAUUUAUAAUUGGUGAAUCAAAUAAGCAACUGAUAUUAUGAAAUAUAUCUGAUUCUAGAUAUUAUUUAAUACAUUAUUGCUCCCAGCAAAUAGAAGGAUUGUGGGCUAUGAAUGAUAAAUGAAUUUUGCUAAAUAAGCAUUUUAUGGAAAUUAUUCAAACUGAUACUUUAAGCGUGAAGAAACAUUGAUUCAAUGAUAAAGAAAUUUCAUCUAUUGCAAUCUCACCACAUUCAAAGAGCAUUUACACCAGCAGUAAAGAUGGAAUUAUUAAAGUGUCUCCUUUAAAUUAACACAAAUAAAAUGGCGAUGUCACUGACCUACCCACUCCCGGAGCUGUUUCGAUUUUGGGGACUUUGCUGCUGCUUGAAGUCAAACCGAGCAGGAAACGGGGAUCUACGAUAUUGGGUACCGUUAGCAGCUGAACGAGUCUUCUACGAAGACUUGGGUGUGAGAGGUAAAAGAAGGAAGAGCCUUAAUCUUAAUUAAUUUAAUGCUAAUGUCUCUUUAAAUAAAUGCAAACUUAGCUACUGAGGAGAUCACCAUUAUGAAAUUAGAGCAGUUGAUUUUUCACCAAACUCAAAAUUGUUUGCAUCAGCAAGUACUGAAAUCAUUUUAUGAGAUGCGAAAACUUUUUUACCUAUCAAAAGAUCUCCUCGUCUGCAUUUCUUCACAAUCAAAGCUAUAAAGAUUUCAUAUUGUGGAGAUUUCAUUAUUUCUUUGUCUGAAGACAGAAUGGUGAUGUGGAAUAUCAAUAAUUCUGAAGUCUUUAAUGAACUAGAAUUAGAUAUGGAAUGCUAUGGAAUUAAUGGAUUUUGUUUAGCGCCUUCACAAAAGUUUGCAGUCUUUCAAAAUGGGGUAACAAUUUACAUGAUUGACUUUGAGUGCGUUGAGCUCAUCCAAAUUUUUAUAGUAAAUACAUCAUAUGCUCAGUAUAUGAAUCUUUGGAUUUCUGAAGUCCCUGAAGAUGCAGUUAGAGCUUUUUGGAUAAAUAAGAGUACCAUUUUAAAAAUCAACUAUGAUCAUUCAUACAAAAAUGAUAUUAUUGACGUAGGAGGAGCUGCAGAUUUUGGAACUAUAUCACCAUGUGGUAAAUAUCUUAUAUUUUCGCAUAAAAGUAAAUUUUUGGUAAGAUGAAGUAACGAUGAAAUGAAAAUUUUAUCACUCCCCCACAAAAAGUAAAAUUUCAAUUCAAAGGGUUAAAUUGUUUUUUUAAAGAAUGAAUAUAAAAUAGAAAAUUUUUUUAAACGAAUUUUUUAAUUUUCUACCCAAAUUGCUAACUUCAGUAUCUAGCAUGCGCGUCAUCUUUAAAAAUAUAGCAUAAAAAUUUUGCUUUUAAUUUCUAUUCGUUAUAUGCAUAGAAAUUAUUAUUUUACUUUAAAAAAAAUUGUUCUGGAAAGUUAAUUUCCCCAAAAAUGAAAAAUUUUCCUAACUUAAAGGAGAGAGUCAGAAGAAAGCUGUUUUGAUAAGCCUUCCAUUAUAAUUUAUUCACAUAAAGGAAAUUAUAUUGCCUUAGAUAGUAAUAAUAAAAUUACUAUUAGAAAUGCAAAAAACCUGGAACUAACACAAGAAUGUUGUUAUCACCAAGACAUUAUAUCUUGCAUUUCAUUUUCUUAUAAAGAUGAUCUGCUUAUAUCUGGAAGCAAAGAUGGAACGAUAAAAAUAUGAAGAUUAAAUCCAUCUUCAACGAGUAAAAAUUCUUAUAUUCCACGCAGCAAAUUUUUAUUAAAAGAAAAUCCUAUUAUUAUCUUUUAA